UCCAUCCUAACGUUUUUCGUAGAAAGGUCUUCAAUUCCGGGAAACCGGUUUUUUGCAUCAAUAGUGGGAUGUUGAAACGCACAUCUGCAACGCUGUCAUAAGGAAGCUGCACCGUGCGUAGACCUGAGCCAGUCGGACGGAGGCCACUUACGUACAGCUACGACACUCGUCUGGGUUGCGCUAAUUCGAAAAGCAGUCAUGUUGAUUAUCACCUUCAUUUGCGCCUUCGUUUUGGCCGGAGCUUCACCUCCAGAAGUCCUCAGCUUAGCUGAGGCCAACAACUACUUUGCUGUCAACCUCCUCAAGUCUAUACCCACUCAAGCAGGCAACGUGUUCGUAUCACCGUUGAGCGUCAGCAUAGCCAUGGCAAUGCUGCACCAUGGUGCAAGAGGAGUCAGCCAGGAAGAACUGGCACAGGCUCUUGGCUACAAGGCGGCGGGACUUCAAGAUCGUGGCGCCGUGUUGUCAGCCAUGGGUGGCGUCUUGAGGGCCUUCGGUCAUCGCGAAGAGGACGUCACUCUUAACGUCGCCAACUCCGUACUCCUUCAGCGAGGUCAUCCUGCUCUGCCAGAGUACAAGAAAGAUAUUGAGGUCGUAUUCCAGGCGCUGUUCGACGAAGUUGAUUUUACCAACCACAGCCAGCUCGCUCGGAUUAAUGAUUGGGUCUCGAACCAAACGCGAGGAAAGAUCAAUGACUUCUUGACGGAACUAAGUCCUAACGCUGUAAUGGUCAUUUUGAACGCCGUCUAUUUCAAAGGAACCUGGGAGACGCAGUUCAACAAGACGUUAACGAAGAAGACUGCUUUUUAUAAUCACGGCGUUACUAAAACAGUCGUUGAUAUGAUGAGACAGGCCGGCGCUUUCCGAUUUUCGUCGAGCACUGAACUGAACUCAGAUAUUGUUGAGUUGCCAUACAAAGGCCACCAGCUCAGCAUGAUUAUCCUGCUACCGAGAGUGCCCAAUGGGCUUCCUGCAGUCUUAGAAGCUCUGGAUGCCCAUAGUUUGCAGAAUGCUCUAGAUGGUCUGAUAAGCUGGAAAGUGGACGUUAAAUUGCCCAAAUUUAAGCUGGAGUCAGGGUACAGCUUAGUGGAGUACAUGAAGAAGCUUGGCGCUGAAUCCAUCUUCGACGAAUCUAAAGCAGACCUUACGGGUAUCUCUCCCGGAUUGGUUGUUUCCGAAGUCAUGCACAAGGCCGUGGUCGAAGUAAACGAAGAAGGUAGCGAGGCUUCCGGAGCGACGAUGGUUUCAGUCACUCGUAGUGCGGUGAUGACGUUUAAAGUUAACCAUCCUUUCCUGUUCUUUAUACGCGACGUCGGGACAAACAUGAUCCUUUUCAUGGGCGUAGUUAACAAACUGUGAACUGAAACUGAAUAAACGCUUCAACAACGAUG